AUGACGGCCUCCUUCUCCCACACGCAGACACUCAACCGUGUCAUCCUGACCCUACAAAUCAACACCCCCAAGGGCCUUGUCUCGACCGGCCCUACCUCUCGCACUCUGGUCAUCCCAGAACACGACUCUGUCCUGAUCGGCCGUGCCUCCACCAGUCUCUCCAAAAACAGAGCGCCCGCUGAAGACAACGCCCUCUUCACAUGUGCCGUCAUGUCGAGAUCGCACGCCUACCUCUCGGCUCCUGACGGUCCGAACGUAUGCUCACCUUUCUUUCUGUCCCUCUUUCCUCUUUCUAUCCCUCCUUCCUCUUUCUGUCACGCCUCCCUUCCGCCUUCUGUCCAUCUUCUCUUCUACAGUCCGGCUGACAAGCACNAGGGUCCCAUCAUCCUCGAAGACGCCGACUCGAUGCACGGUGUCUAUGUCAACGGCAAGAAGAUCACCCGUACCAAAAUCAACCUCAACGACGACAUCACUUUUGGAAGCAAGGUCACUCGUGCUGAAGGUGAAUUCUUGCCAUCCAAACAAGCUUUCAACUUCGACGAGUACCCUCUUCUAACUCCCCUCUCAGCCACACACGAUGGCGUCCAACUCAAGGUCGCCAACAUCACACGUGAAGGCGCUGCCUACACCAACCCCAUCGACCUAGCAGCCAGCAGCAGAACCGUCCCCCACGCAUCAUACCGUGUCCCUGACUACGACACCGACUCGUCAAAGGAGGACAGCACCAACACUACCUUCGGACAGCCCACUGCCGUCGAGUACAUCGAUCUCGACCCUGUCUCCUCUCCUGCCUCCUCCCCCAACUUGGUCUACCCCGAAGACGAGUAUGAUGCAGAAGUAUAUCACAACGGCUCCUACACCGACUCCGAAUUCAACUCCGAGUAUGACAGUGACUACGAAGCCAACGACUAUCCAGAGAACCCGGAUGAGUUUGACGACGAUGAACAGAGCCUAUCUGGCUCGGACCGUAGCGACUCUCGCUGUUCCUCUCGACAUGUAACAUGGGAGGAGGAGNGGGAUGAUGUUAUCGACGAUGGAGUCAGUGUUGAUCUCGACGAACCCCUUGAGUCACUCGAAGAGUUCCAGACUGCUCCCAACCUCGCCAGUAACCACGAAAUUGCUCAGCCCAGACCCACCUACCCUCAGAUUGAAGAGAAGGAGAAGGUACGUGAAGCUGCUGAGAUAAUGUCACUCCCUUGGAUCCUCGAACCUUGUAACCCAUUGGAAACCACCUUCGUUGCCUCACCUUCAAAGGCUGCCAUGCCUCGCGAACUUCCUCUCCCACCCAUCUGCGAGAAUAUGAAGAACGUCGUCGAGGCUGGACACACCACUCAAGACAAAGAGAAGUACCUUGAGAGCCAAACCGAAACCCCGAAGAGCCAACCGAUUGACGUGGAGCUUGGCAGCAUCAAGGAUACUAAGACCGUCGAGGACAAGGAAGUUGCUGCCCCGGCACCCACAGUCGAUGAACUGUUUGCUAAGGUGGACUCUCCCACUGAUAGCGCAAAAUCUCCCACCGCAAGCUCGCACACUGGAAGCAAGCGCAAACGUGACAUCAAGGACGAUGGUCAAGAAGAGGUCGUUGCACCAAGCAGUCUCGCUGAUCGUAACAUGCUCAAGAAGAGGUGGGACUCUUUCCUCAAGGGACGUGUCCAGGUAGCACCUCGUCCCAUCAAGCGUGCAAAGCGCUCAACCGCUAGAUUCGCCUUGGGUGCAUUUGCUGGCGCUAUCGGAGGUGUGGCCACUGUGGUUGGCGUGCUGAUGACUCCUGCGUGUGAGCAGUUGCUGUCUAGCUGGCCUUUGGAGUAA